AUGGGGAGUGUUCGUCAGCCCAGUUAUGACGAGCGUAGUCUUGCACUCGCCCAGGCAACUCUUGCCUCGCCUUCCAUCACAACUACGCGAGAAGUACAACCGCCAGCAGAAAAGACUGCUCUUGCCAAUGUUUUGUACCACAACCAUCCGAAACUAGCGCGUCAUGUUCCUCUCCUCCAUCACUGCGGCAUCAAACAACCAUUGGACAUGUACUUGUUGGUUGCAGGGGAUUUCUUCGGCACAUACACUCGCUUCGAAGGUGUCUUCUAUCUACUCAGGAAGAACUCCGUAGAAGAACUUGUUGCCGAAUACGAUGGGCCUUCGAUGUCCAGAGUUGAAUGUCUUGUACUCACCAACCACGUUCUGAAGCUCGUCCGACAACAUUCUACUAGAGAGGCAUGGCGGCAAUACUUUGGGGCUUCAGAACUGCAACUACCUAGCUAUCUUGUUGAAUUCCCAUUGCAAUCAAACACAUCCAGUUGGCAUUUCAAGACAUAG